ACGGUCGCGAGGGCUGGAAGCCUAGCGCGAGAAGUAACGGCCGAAAAGAAACAGUCAUUUUCUUCACGGAGGAGAAAUAAACGUGAAAGAAAGGCGGCAUAUUUUUGAGAAACGCGUAACUCCUCGCUGUAGUGAAAAGCUGUGCGGGAGAUUUAACGGGCUGGUGUUGUUUUCGGCAGCCCGAGGCUGCCUGACCCGUUAUAAGCUCUCUGUGGGAUCCUCGCCGUACCAAACGGACCCGGGUGAAGGAUGUGUGAGCGAAGAGGUGCGAGGCUGCCGCUUAAACUGUGAGAAAACCUGCUAUGCCUGCUGGAAUGAGUUUGUUUUUGUCUUCUUCAAUGUGACUGUGUGGGAGUCGCUGCCCCAGCCCAGUGCAGUCCAGUCCAGUCCUCCUCCUCUGACGCUCAGCUGGAUUUUAACGCAUGUUGGAUGUUUAAAGCAGACGCGGACUGUCCGUUUACAGACAUCUAAACCCCAAACUCGAGGCUGCUCCAAAGGGUGAUGGAGUUUUUCCGGACUUUUCAUGCCUUACCGAUUAUAUGUUCGCUCAUCUGCUUGGCUCAUGGAUCUCGACCCAGAUUGGAGGACGCCCCGCCACGGAUUGUGGAGCACCCCUCAGACCUGAUCGUUUCAAAAGGGGAGCCGGCCACACUGAACUGCAAAGCAGAGGGCCGGCCGACCCCCAUGGUGGAGUGGUACAAAGAUGGCGAGCGUGUUGAUACAGACAGGGAGGACCCUCGCUCCCACCGCAUGCUGUUGCCCACAGGCUCCCUCUUCUUCCUCAGGAUCGUGCAUGGACGCCGCAGCAAACCGGAUGAAGGUGUCUAUGUGUGCGUGGCCAGGAACUACCUGGGAGAGGCUGUCAGUCGCAAUGCUUCUUUGGAGGUUGCAAUUCUACGGGAUGAUUUCCGGCAGACUCCCAGUGAUGUGGUGGUAGCUGCAGGGGAGCCGGCUGUUAUGGAGUGCAUUCCCCCACGUGGCCACCCCGAGCCCACCAUCUCAUGGAAGAGGAACAACGUGAAAGUGAACGACAAGGACGAGAGGAUCACCAUCCGCGGCGGGAAGUUGAUGAUUUCAAACACGCGGAAAAGCGAUGCAGGAAUGUACGUGUGUGUGGGGACCAACAUGGUGGGAGAAAAGGACAGUGAUCCAGCUGAGCUAGUGGUGUUUGAGCGGCCUAUGUUUGUGCGGCGGCCGGUCAAUCAGGUGGUUCUGGCUGAUGACACAGUGGAUUUUCAGUGUGAAGUCCAGGGAGACCCUGCCCCAACUAUCCGCUGGAGGAGAGAGGAGGGGGAACUGCCCCGUGGCAGGUCAGAAAUACGGAGCGACAACAGUCUGCGGUUGACGCAGGUGAGAGCGGAGGAUGAAGGAACGUACACCUGUGUGUCUGAGAACAGUGUUGGCAAAGCUGAGGCAUCAGGAACACUGCAGGUCCACGUGGGCCCAUCUCUACCUCCUCAGAUUGUGAUUCGUCCCCGGGACCAGAUCUCAGCACCAGGGCGCACCGUAACCUUCCUCUGUGGCACUAAAGGGAAUCCUCCACCUGCUGUGUUCUGGCAAAAAGAGGGGAGCCAGAUCCUGUUGUUUCCCAGUCAGCCACCAGCACAGUCAGGCCGCUUUUCUGUGUCACUGAGCGGGGAGCUGACCAUCAGCGACGUGCACAGCGAGGACUCUGGGUAUUAUAUCUGCCAGGCCAUCAGUGUAGCGGGGAGCAUUCUCACCAAAGCCCUGCUGGAAGUGGAGGAUGCUCCAUCUGAUCGGAUCCCGCCCAUCAUUCGGCAAGGCCCAGCCAAUCAGACGCUCGCCCCUGGAGCCACUGCUCAAUUGCAGUGCUAUGUGAUGGGCAACCCUUUACCAAGCAUCCAGUGGGAGCGAGAUGGGCAGAGGAUUCUAGGAAAUGAUGACCGCAUCAACCUAAUGGACAAUGGCACUUUACAAAUCGCAGCCCUACAGGAAACGGAUUCAGGGGUCUACACCUGCGUCGCCUCCAGCUCUAGUGGGGAGACAAGUUGGAGUGGAGUACUUACUGUGAAAGAUAGUGGUGGCAUGGCUCUAGCUCCUGUCUCAGAGCCCUACCAGCUGCCUGGUCCACCCCAGAAGCCUGUUGUGACAGAUGUGACCCGGAACAGUGUGACCUUAACCUGGCAACCCAAUGCUCAUGAGGGCGGGGCUGCUGUCACCUCUUACAUCAUCGAGGCCUUCAGCCAGUCGGCAGGUAGUACAUGGCAGACAGUAGCGGAUCUGGUGAGGCUUGAAAAGCACACAGUGAGUGGACUCUCCCCCAACACCAUCUACCUGUUCAUUGUCCGAGCUGUCAAUGCCUACGGCCUGAGUGACCCCAGCCCAAUCUCAGAGCCAGUACGCACACAAGAUGUGAGUCCUACAGGACAGGGGGUGGACCAUAGGCAGGUGCAGCGCGAGUUGGGCGAAGUGGCCGUGGAACUGCAACAGCCUGUGCUGCUGACUGCAUCCAGUGUACAGCUUACAUGGACUGUUGACCGCCAGUCCCAGUACAUUCAGGGCUAUCGGCUGCUAUACCGGCAGGUGGGGGGUUCCUGGCUCCAACAGGAUGUUAAGGCAGCCCCUGAGCGCAGCACUGUCCUCAACAACCUGCUGAAAGGCACAGAGUACGAGGUCAAAAUCAGACCGUAUUUUAAUGAGUUCCAGGGCAUGGACAGCCGUCCACUGACCCUCCGAACACCUGAAGAGGUCCCCAGUGCACCUCCUCAGGCUGUUACUGUGUCAACAGUCAAACCCAGCAACAGCUCCAGUAUCAGUGUUUCAUGGCAGCCUCCCCCUGCUGAGAUGCAAAAUGGAGUCAUCCAAGAGUAUAAGAUCUGGUGCUUGGGGAAUGACUCACAGACACGCUACCACAUUAACCAGACAGUGGAUGGGAAUGUGCUAUCCACUCUGGUGAAGGGCCUUCUGCCUGGUGUGCUCUACCAUGUGGAGGUGGCAGCAGUGACCAGCGCUGGAGUGGGCACACAUAGCCAGCCAGUCUCUGUGAUCAUCAAGAUGCCAGCAGAGCAGCCUGCAGUACCGAGUGGGGGCGGUGACUCGGAUCAAAAUGUAAGUCUUGCAGAGCAGAUCACAGACGUAGUAAAGCAGCCCGCCUUCAUCGCAGGCAUUGGCGGGGCAUGCUGGGUAAUCCUCAUGGGCUUCAGUGUGUGGAUAUACUGCCGACGCAAGAAGAGAAAGGAGCUGAGCCACUACACUGCUUCGUUCGCAUACACACCUGCAGUUGGCUUUCCUCAUGGGGAAGGCUCAGGACUAAAUGGAAGGCCAGGUGUGUUGGGCUCUAACAUGGGGAACUACCCCUGGCUGGCAGAUUCCUGGCCCACUACAAAUCUUGUUCAUAAUGCCAAAGAUUCAGUCAACUGCUGUACCUCCAAACAUGACACAGCAGAGAGAUAUUACAAUGAGGCUGGAAUCUCCAACUACUUGAACCAGACAGAGAAAUAUAGCACUGGUUCCAAUGAAGGCCCCAUCUACAGUACCAUCGACCCCACUGCUGAAGACCUGCGCAGCUUCUCAGCACAGUACUCUCAGCACACUACACCCUAUGCCAGUACUCCUAUCAUGCCUUUCACUAACCAGGCACCCUGCAGCCCUGAGCAGGAUGGUGGCCACUGGAUAAACCAACCAGGAACCUCCAACGUGCAGUACGCCCAGCCGGACCGCUCCAAAUCAGAUACUGCCAAGCAGUCAAAGCAGAAGUCAAUGGGAAAGGCAGUGAAGACUCCUUCACUGAACUGGAUGGAGCCAUUGCCACCUCCACCUCCCUCUGGAGAGUUAGAACACUGUUCAGAUGAGGACGAUGAUGAACAUAUAGAGGACAUAGGCACUGAUGAGGAGGACUGGUGUCCUCCACUGCCAGAAAGGACCUGUCUCAUAGACGGAAUGGCAGAGGAUGGACCGUGUCCACCUCCCAGAGGAGAUGCGUCGUCCCCUGCCACCUCCUACAGCCAUCAAUCCACAGCCACUCUCACACCCUCACCCAGAGAGGAGGCCCGCCACUGCCAGGACAUCCCACGCCUCCAACACCUCGAGCAGCCUCAUCCUGGACGCCGGUUGCCAUGUGGACCAGUGCCCAUUCCCCGAGCGCCCAGCCCCCCCCUCACACAGUCCAACCCAAACCUAUCAGCUAAUCAGGAGGGCCCUGAGAGCGGCACGCCGCACCGCUCAACACACAGACGGGAUCUGAGCCAAGGAGCGGCACAGAGUGCAGACAAUGUCAACACACCAGGACGGGCAAGAUUGUCUGCAGGAGACCAAGUCCAGACUCCUCCUGGCCAGAAGGCGAGGGUUAAAAAGAAGUCCUCUAAAAGUGGCCAGUACCGUAGAGACAUCAUGCAAGGAGACUUGCCCCCUCCUCCAGAACCCCCGCCAGAGGAUGAGCCAGUCCGAGGCCCAGCUGGAGGCUUUGAGUGUGGGCAGACGUCGCUGGAGAGAGAGGGGGGCUCGCUGUCCUCCAUGGAAAGGAGAGAGCACAACACGCCCAACCGCAAGAACUCAGCUCAGAGACGGAAAGAUGAUGAAGACUUGAUUCCCUACAACAAGCCCAAUUUCCUGUCCCGCAGCCAGAUGUCUAGCAACUGCUCCACGACAGGAAGUUCUUCGUCGCGAGGGUCAACAGGAUCCAGAGGUCAUGGAAACAGCCGCAAAAGGAAUGAGGAGAUGAGAUAAGGGAAUGCCAAUGGACGAAAAAAACAUCCGUCAACAUCCCUCAGUUUUUUUUUUUCCGUCCCUUGAAAGAGCUCAUCAGCAGAGAGAAGGAUGAGUGUACAGAUCAUCUGCCUCACCACAUGCAAGUCAUGGACUUUUUCAUUAUGUUAUUAUUAUUAUUGUUAUUUAUAACGUUCAUUGGGGCCAUUUUAAAUCCCAUUGUCACUGUAAAUAGUCUUCUCUUUAAGCUUUUUACAUGGGGGCCAGAUCCAGGGAAAGAUGAAAUAUAUUGUAUUUAUAAGAAAAGAAAACACAUUAAAAGGUCCGAUAUAAUAAAAAAACAAAGCUAUUGUCUGAAUGUGCCAACCUCUUUUUGUAGAAAUGUCGACAGUACAGUUUUUUUGAACACAUAAAUAAUAUUGCACUCUUGCGUUGGAGAACAACAAAAAGAUACAAAGCACAACGUGUGUUUGACAAACCGGCAAAAGCAGCCUGGACCUUUUUGCGCUGAGGACACUGCUAGCUUUGAUACCCUCAGAAGGUCCCUGUUGUUGUUGUGGUCUGAAAAGAAUGUGGAGCGAGUUUCUUCUUUCCCACCUGCUUUGGAAGAUUGUACCUAUUGUUUUGCUUUUAUUUGAAGGAGUGCUUCAGAGACAGUGUGAAAAUGUGUUCUGUUCAA